GUUGUUUGUCCCUCCUGUGGUUCCUCAGCUCCAGCAGGCAGCUGCUCCUCUGCGGGAUGAGCUCUGGCUCCAUCAGGAUCUAUCCUCUGCAGCCUGAUGACCCCGGCCUCACCUCCAUGCAGGCCUGCUGGUCCCUGAGCGUCCACAACAACCAGUACGGCCUCCUGAGACACGUGCGCUGCAGCCACGAUGACCUGUUUGUGCUGACGGCCGCGGACGACGGCAACAUCUUGUCCUUCUACCUGCGUCGUCCUGAGGAGCUGCAGAGACACCAGGCCCAGGUGCCUUCACCCAGGGCUGGUGUUGAAGCUGAGGCGUUGGCUCCGGACAUCCAGGACCCAGCAGCCUACAG